GUUAGUUGGGUUGUUUUUUGGCAAGAAUCCAAUGAUUCAAGCUUCCAUUUCAACAUGUGUUAAUUCCUACCAAUCUCUUCUCUCAGCCAGUCUCCUCCUUCUCAAUCCCACUCUACUCCAGCGCCUCCCCUCUCUGGCUUCUGAUAGGGCAGCCAUGGAGUCAACAGAGGAGAGAAGCAGCCAGAGGACGAGGAGAGAGAGGGAGGGAUGGAGAGAUAGUUUGGGUAUUAGGAUAGAAACAAAGAAACGCUGCAGGUGUUGUGGAGUUGACCAUGUCUGUUGCAUGACUUCACUCAGUGGUUGAAGUCUGAUAGCAUUGGCUGUCAGAGGUGCAGGACUGGUUGGCUGAUUCCAGCUCAAGUUUUACCUUAUUCCUUCAAAGCUGUUUAGCUGAUUUUAGAGAAUAUUGUGGAGUUCGAAAGCAUGGCCCUUUUUACCAACGAUGUGCACAGCCUGGGCUCCUAUUACUGCCUGAUCCGACGCAAGUUUAAGAGGAGGCGGAAGAAGCGCUCUGAACGCAAAGGUGCAGCGGGGGCGAGGCUGCUCGCGGGUCAAAGCAAACCUGACGCCAUGGAUGUGGAUGAGGAAGAAAACAUGAGUUCAAGCAGCACAGACGUUAAGGAAAAUCGAAACCUGGACAACGUGUCCUGCAAAGACGGGAUGGGAGUCGGUGAUCAGCUCCCCAAUGGAAGCGGCAAUGGCAGUCGAAAGCGCCCCUUAGAGGAGGGCAACAAUGGCCACACGCAUUCCAAGUUUCGAGCCAAGAAGCGCAAGAAAACACCUGGACCGGUGCUGCCCAAGAAUGCUCUGAUGCAGUUGAAUGAGAUCAAACCUGGUCUCCAGUACAAACUGCUGUCUCAGACUGGGCCGGUCCAUGCACCAGUGUUUGUCAUGACUGUGGAGGUUAAUGGGCAAAUGUUUGAGGGAAUGGGUCCAACCAAGAAGAAAGCUAAACUGAACGCAGCUGAGAAAGCGCUGCGUUCCUUUGUUCAGUUUCCCAAUGCGUCUGAGGCUCACCUGGCCAUGGGCCGUACACUGACAGUGAAUACAGACUUUACAUCAGAUCAAGCGGACUUCCCCGACAUGCUCUUCAAUGGCUUUGAGACACCAGCUGCUCCUGAGGAAUCCUUCUAUCUGAGCUCCAACGGUACAAACUCACUAGGGGAGUAUCCGUUACCCACACCACCUGGCAGCAACCUUGUCCAGGCGCCGUUGCCCUCUCCAUCUGCAUUCAGCUCACCUUCCACUGGCAAAAACCCGGUCAUGAUCCUAAAUGAGCUCAGGCCAGGCCUCAAAUAUGACUUUGUCUCAGAAAGUGGUGAGAGUCACGCCAAGAAUUUUGUGAUGUCAGUAACUGUGGACUCAGAGACGUUUGAAGGCUCAGGGCGCAACAAAAAGCUGGCUAAAGCCCGGGCAGCACAGGCCGCCCUCUCUGCUCUCUUCAACAUGCAGCUAGACCAGACACCGUCCAGGCAACCCAUACCAAGAGAGGGGUUGCAACUUCACCUUCCACAGGUUCUGGCUGACGCCGUCUCUCGCCUGGUGGUGGAUAAGUUCAGUGAGCUGACAGACAACUUCACCUCUCCUCAUGCACGAAGAAAAGUCCUGGCAGGAGUCGUCAUGACAACAGGGACUGAUGUGAAGGAAGCACAGGUCAUCUGUGUCUCCACAGGAACCAAGUGCAUCAACGGUGAGUACAUGAGUGACCGCGGCCUGGCACUAAACGACUGCCAUGCAGAGAUAAUCGCCCGACGCUCACUCAUCAGGUACCUCUACACCCAGCUGGAGUUCUACCUCAGCAACAUAAAAGAAGACCAUCACAAGUCCAUAUUUAUGCCAUGUGACAAAGGAGGCUACAGGUUACAGGACAACGUUCAGUUUCACCUCUACAUCAGCACCUCGCCCUGCGGAGACGCCAGGAUUUUCUCUCCGCAUGAAGCCGGAGUGGAAGAUCAGGGAGAUCGGCAUCCGAACCGCAAAGCAAGAGGCCAGCUCAGGACCAAAAUAGAGUCAGGGGAGGGCACCAUUCCCGUACGCUCCAGUAACACCAUCCAGACCUGGGACGGCGUGCUUCAAGGAGAGAGGUUGCUCACCAUGUCCUGCAGUGACAAGAUCGCAAGGUGGAAUGUGGUGGGCAUCCAGGGCUCUUUAAUGAGCUACUUCACCGAGCCCAUCUACUUCUCCAGUAUCAUCCUCGGCAGCCUUUACCACGCCGACCACCUCUCCAGGGCCAUGUACCAGCGCAUUGCAGAUAUCGAGGACCUGCCCCAGCAGUUCACCCUCAACAGGCCUCUGCUCAGCGGUAUAAGCAACGCUGAGGCCAGACAGCCGGGCAAAGCGCCGAACUUCAGCGUGAACUGGACUGUCGGCGAUCAGGCACUGGAGGUGAUCAACGCCACCACGGGGAAGGACGAUAUGGGCCGGCCUUCCAGACUCUGCAAACACGCCCUCUAUAGCCGCUGGGUGCGCCUGCACUCAAAGCUGUCAUCCAUCCUGCGGAUCAAAGUGUCCAAGCCCAGCUCAUACCAUGAGGCCAAGCAGGCGGCCAUGGAAUACCACUCUGCUAAAAAGGCCCUCAUCAAGGCCUUCCACAAGGCCGGCCUGGGGGCCUGGGUCAAAAAGCCCAUUGAGCAAGACCAGUUCACCCUCAGCUCCUGAUUGAGUCCGGGGACCAAACGGAGAGGGGGGGUUUCCCAAUGCACCAGCUCCUCCUGCCCUCCCUCCCUGACCCAGGCCGGAAAACUUAUCGAGCCCCUCAGUAACAUUUUAUUUCCGUCCCCAUGUGUCAGCUACACAUGUGCACUUGUCACCUGUGUGGCUCCACAAACUCUCCAUCGCUCAUCAUUCCUCAGAGGACCUCCGCCUCAUCUUGUUUCUCAUCUUUAAUUUUUAAGCCUAUAAUUUUGGUUUUACUUGUUUUCUGUUUUUAAACUGGAACCAUUGCUCUUUUUUUCAGUCACUUUGUUUUCAGGACAGAAAUUUUCCUUAUGCUGUAGGUGUGGAAAAGUGGCGAUGAUACAAUUUUUGUCUCUUCACAAAAUGAGUGUGGCCUUUGUAGGGGGUCAUGUAGCACAGAAGAAAGAUAUUUUUGUUGUUGUUGUCACUGACUAAUACCAAUGUGUAUGGACCUAAAGAUAAUUGCUCAAAUUAAAAACGGUGAUCUUUAAUUUAAUGAUUCAUAAAUCCUCAAGAUGUAAAUCUAAUUAAGAAAAGUUAAAAUAUUGUAGGUAUAAGAUAUAAUGUGUGUUUCUCUGAUGAGUUCUUAGCCCCUUUUAUUAAAGGUGAAAAUGUUCUAAAACAAUGUCGCCCUGUUUGAUUGACUCAUAAUAAAACAAAUUCAGGACAGGUGUGACUGCAGCAUAGCACACUUUAUAAUUUUUUUUUUCUCAUUCAUUUACUCAUUCAUUUGUCCUCAAAGGUAUUUCCCAUUGCUGUCACUUCAUACUUGAAUAUCCGGUUGGGUCAUGUUGGAGUCCUCCCCCUCACCUGGGUCCCGGGACGAAGCUUUAGGAGGCGCUGCACGUUCUAUUUUUGUCCUUGGUUUACUUGGUUUCCUUUUUGAGUCCAUGGCUUUGCAUGGAAACUGAACUGAGAGGCUUGCCGAGCAGAAAACAAGCGACGGGGAACUCUAUGCGUCAAUGAUUUUUGAAUGAAUGCCAGCAACUUUCUCCACAGGCAGCUUUGAAUCUUUGUCUCUAUUUUCUAAAUUUCAUGUGAUUGAUUGAAUGAUUUUUGGGGGGCUUCAAAAGAAGAAGGUUUUUUGUUUGUUUGUUUGUUUACUUUCUGUGUUCCCUUAUCAAAAAAUGAUUAAUGGGGAUGAAACUACUGAGAGAACAGUGACAGUACAACAAACUUCUCAGACCUUGUAUUUACACCACAGAGACCCCUGACAGCUGUCAGAUCAGAUAAUAGUAGAUGUCCUGUAGCACACAUAUGGUACAGUAUAUGAAGCUAGAUUCAAGAUAUGCCACAUUAAGCCCAUCUGUGGUGGCUGUGAUGCAAACAUGCAAUCUCCACAACGUUGUCCUUGGAAGCACCUUCACAGACCGUGCAUGAACAGACUCAGAAGCUGUAUGCUGAAACCUGAUGCCAGUAGUGUCCAACCAAAUGUACAGUUUUCCAGUUUGAUGUUAAGCCUCCUGUAUUAACGCCUCUCUGUGUAUUAACUCCUAUUCACCGUGAGUCAAUACUCUCCCAUGUUUUAAACUGGUCAAAGAAGACUCAUUUCUAAGAAACUUCAGUCAAUUCCUGUAGGAUAAAAAAAAAAACACAGUUUGAGUGUAAAAUUUGUGUGUGCUCAGGUGUCUUUCAGCAUACUCAGUUAAAUUUUCACCAAAGAUGUAGAUUUUCACGUGUUUUCCCCCCAGUGUUAAUAACACCUGUUUUUUAAUGGCUUGCCAUUAUUCCGCCAUCAUCCCUUUACUGGCAGUUUUUUUUUUUUUUGUACUUGUGUUUUCUGCAAAAAAAAAAGAAGUAUAUUCAAUAUUGGGCAGAGAAGUCGGGCUUUUUUAGUGCAAAUGUAGCUGUCAGCGCCCACCAUGCAUUUUGUGACCUGCAAUCAUAACUGUUGCAAUAUUCUUGUUCUGUGCAUAUAAGGAACAACAAAUGUGGCAAAUUCUCCCUCUGUGGAAACCUUUUGGAUCUCCUUUGUCAGUAGAAAUGUGAAGAUCUUAUUGUUCCUAUACGUAAGUUUAUGAAUCACUGACUACAGCCAAUGUGCAGCAUGGCACCAACACUUCCAGAGUCGACAUGAUUCAUUCGCAUUGUAGCAAGACAGACACAGCAGGAAGGAAAAAAAAGCAGCACUGUUACAUUUCUCCUCCACCAGCUGGCACUCGUGAUGUCAUCGAAGGUUGUCCAAUCCUCCUUGUUUUGAUUUAAUUUUCUAAACCAUCAUUAGAAAAUCAAAGCUGUGUUCAAAAUGCUCACUCAUUUUGUAUACUGUAUGUGUACAAAAAAACUGAAUGGUGCAGGUGAAGCCAGCUUUUUUGUGUUGCAACACUAAAUUCUGCUUCGAUAUGUUUGUUUGCAGGUAUAUUGCAUAAGCAAGCACCAGCAGCAUUGAUCACAUUAUAAAUAAAUGUUUUUUGUUUUUGGUUGAAAACCUUUUAAUAACAUAAUUCAUCAUCUUAAAAGUUGCACUAAGUCUUAUGUUACCAUUUUUAUUUUCUGUGAAGUCAGGAAAGUCACAAAAAUCAACCACAGACAAUAAGUGUCAGUAUGCAAACAUCAGCAUUAGUGUGCUUACUUUAUUAUCAUUCUUGGUCAGUCAAGGCAUUACAUUUUGUUUCAUGUACAUUAUUUCUACUGUUUGGUAAUGUUUUAUAUGUUGCUUUAUUUUUAAGGAAAUCCCUGGUGGAUGGUAGCUGCCCUGCAUGGUAGUGAUAGCAUGCUAACAUUAGCAUUACCGUGCUGAAUUGACUGAAGCAGAAAUACAGUAGAGCUGAUGUAGAUUCUCUAUUUACACUGAAUGACAUUGAAUUGAAUUUGCAGUUGACCACAGUUGAUGCUGUGUUAGCGUGCGGGAAAUAUUAGAAAGUCAUGAAAAUUUGAAGAUGCUUUUGUUACUAAACUCUUUGCAGUGGUUAAAAACUGGAAACACUGAGUUCAACAUGAACUAUUUGUGUAAAGAGAGUGUACUACCUCUUUGCAAUACUUUUGCUAAGCCAUAUGAGAGUUUUCUUGUUCACCGUACAGUGGAUGUUAGCUUGCUAAAUUAAUUUCUUUGUCUAUUCAGGUUUUUCGGGGGGUUUUAAAAAGUCAGUGUACCACCUCAACACUACCUUUUUGAAUCAUCUGAGAACUUCUGAGUGCACUAUUAAUGGUAGAUUUAGAGUCAUUGUUAUCUGCUUUCAAAGGCACUAGAAUCCUAAUGUUAGCAUUAGCUUGCUCUGUUAGCUCAGGCUUAAUUUAAUCAUGGUCUAAUUUGAUGACACCAUGUAGCACCUCUGUAGACUAUCUACUGUACCAGGCAGUUGCCUUUUAGUACACUACCUACAUUGUGGCUAGAAAGCUAAUAAUUAGCUGAAGAUGUUAGAAUGCUAAUGUUAGCCUUAAUGGACUUUGUCAGCUCCGGCUGUAGGGCAUAGUGGUUUUCUUUAACAAUGCAGUGAACUGUAUAGUCAAGUCAAGAGUAGAAAUUAUGCACAGGAGAUGAAAAUGACCAUCGUGUACUACUGAAGAAUAAGUGAACAAUUUGAACACAGCUUUGAAGUUAGCUUUAUAUUAAAAAUGAAGAACAGUCUGAUUGAGUGAUCCCCUACAAUUUAGCCCUAACUCCAAUCCUAGCCAGUAGGCCUACUCCAUAUGCAAAGUGUGACAGAUGUUUCUCUUCCUCUGUGUUUCUCCCAGUCCGUUCUGUUAACGUUUUGAUUUUUACAAAGCUGUCUGAGGGUUUUUCUUUUUCGUAUAUGCCCCGUUAAGAUUGCCUGCUUUUAGAGUUUAGUUAUUUUUUUGACUGCACUAAAGAUGUCAACUGAUGAUGUCAUGAUUUAAAAAGAAAAAUACAAAAGAAGAAAAAAAGUCUCCAUUUAUGGUUCGGAUGGAUUCUACUACUGGAGCAAGAACUGAACUGCUUCUGCUUAACCCCCUCGUGAAUCCCUGAAGACGGUCAGUGCAACCCUUCCCCCUUCUUGGUGGGGUUAUGUUAUUUUGGUUCUGUUCAGUGAGCCCACAUUUGGAGGCUUUUGCUCUUUCUGGGUCCAGUUGUCCAAUGUGUGAAAUCCUCCACCAACUCAAACCACGACCUUGCAUGUUCUACCAACACUGAAGCUGCACCUAGCAUGAUGACAAACUUUUAAGGACGAUGUAGAAAAAACAGAUAUAGAUAGUUAUAUGAAAUCAAGAAAAAAAAGAAUAAAGAAGUUCUUAGUUUACUUUUGA